AUGGCCCUAGGCAGGAUGUGCGGCUAUCCCUUGAAAGAGAAAGUAGAAUGCAUAUUUUGGGGUGCACUGGAGGCUAGUAGAGAUGAGAACAGUCAGAAUCAGAGUCCAUUGACUUUCAAGGACGUGGCCAUCAGUUUCUCCAAGGAGGAAUGGGAAUGCCUGGACACUUCUCAGAGGGAUUUAUACAGAGAGGUCAUGUUGGAGAACUACAGCAACCUGGUUUCUGUCGGCCUUUCUGUAUCAAAACCAGAGCUAGUCACCUGUCUUGAACAGAACAAAGAACCCUGGAUCAUGAACAUAGGGGAAGUAGAAGGUAGAGACUCAGUUAAUCAUUUUGAAAUCCAUGAACAUCAGAAAUUUUUUCAUAAGUACUCAAACACUUCUUUGCACAAACAUGACCAUACUGGAGAGAAACCUUAUAAAUGUGAUGACUGUGGAAAUUCCUUUGGUAAGUCCUCCAGUCUUCAAUGUCAUAGGAGAAUCCAUACUGGAGAGAAACCUUAUAAAUGUGAUGGCUGUGGAAAGUACUUUAGGGAUGGAUCAUCUCUUCAUGUUCAUCAGAGAAUCCAUACUGGAGAAAAACCUUAUAAAUGUGAUGAAUGUGGAAAGUCCUUUGUUAAGUCCUCCCAACUUCAAUGUCAUAGGAGAAUCCAUACUGGAGAGAAACCUAAUAAAUGUGAUGAAUGUGGAAAGUCUUUUGUUAAUUCCUCCAAACUUCAAUGUCAUAGGAGAAUACAUACUGGAAAGAAACCUUACAAAUGUGAUGUCUGUGGAAAGUCCUUUGUCCAGUCCUCCCAUCUUCAAUGUCAUAGUAGAACCCACACUGGAGAGAAACCUUACAAAUGUGAUGACUGUGGAAAGUCCUUUGUCCAGUCCUCCCAUCUUCAAUGUCAUAGUAGAACCCAUACUGGAGAGAAACCUUAUAAAUGUGAUGACUGUGGAAAAUCCUUUGUCCGGUCAGCCAAUCUUAAAUGUCAUAGGAGAAUCCAUACUGGAGAGAAACCUUAUCAAUGUGAUGACUGUGGAAAGUACUUUAGAGAUGGAUCAUCUCUUCAUGUUCAUCAGAGAGUCCAUACUGGAGAAAAACCUUAUAAAUGUGAUGAAUGUGGAAAGUCCUUUGUUAAGUCCUCCCAACUUCAAUGUCAUAGGAGAAUCCAUACUGGAGAGAAACCUUAUAAAUGUGAUGACUGUGGAAAGUCCUUUGUCCAGUCAGCCAAUCUUAAAUGUCAUAGGAGAAUCCAUACUGGAGAGAAACCUUAUAAAUGUGAUGACUGUGGAAAAUCCUUUGUCCAGUCAGCCAAUCUUAAAUGUCAUAGGAGAAUCCAUACUGGAGAGAAACCUUAUCAAUGUGAUGACUGUGGAAAGUACUUCAGGGAUGGAGCAUCUCUUCAUAUUCAUUGGAGAAUCCAUACUGGAGAAAAACCUUAUAAAUGUGAUGACUGUGGAAAGUCCUUUGUCGAGUCCUCCCAUCUUCAAUGUCAUAGGAGAAUCCAUACUGGAGAGAAACCUUAUAAAUGUGAUCAAUGUGGAAAGCCCUUUGUCCAGUACUCCAAUCUUCAAUGUCAUAGGAGAAUCCAUACUGGAGAGAAACCUUAUCAAUGUGGUGACUGUGCAAAAUGCUUUAGGCAUGGCUCUUCUCUUAGUGUUCAUCAGAGAAUCCAUACUAGAGACAAACGAUAG